UGUCUGUUCCGUAUCACUAUGGAGACGACGAUUACGUCGCAACGCUGUUCUUUAAAGUGCCAUCGUGUGUGGACGGAUACUGUCACUGCAUGGCUGUUGAGCCGUUGCCGCGGCCGCACAACAUCACCGUGGACGUGAGCGGCUGGUGCGACAACGAGACGGACACGGCUGUGGCGGGAAUCGUCGCAUGGGAGUACCCCGCAGAGCUACGCAGGCCCGAGUGGUUUGAGAUCCGCGUGGGGGAGGUGCUCAUCCGAGCCGUCAACCUACGCAGCGUUGACGUGUUCAAGUACAAACAGCCGAUCCGAGUCGAUGCCGAUUCAACCAAAACACAGUAUGAGUAUAAUCUCACAGGAAUGAAGACAGAUUGCAAGUACAAAAUACAGGUUUACGCCGUUGAUCAGCAUAUAUGCGAUGGUGAUAAAGUGGAGACACUCAUCUCAUCAGAGAGUAUAUGCGGGGUUAUAUUUGCCGCCGGUUCGAAGGAAGGAGAUGCAGAUGAUAAUGUUUGGUUGCGGAUCGCCCUUCCCAUUAUCGUCAUCUUCGUCGUCGCCAUACUGCUGCUCGUCUUCCUGAUCUGCCGCCAGCAGGAAAAGCGGAAACAGAUGAAACACUCGCUUCCGCACGAUUCUUCGACGUUUUCCGGAAGCACGGAGAGGACUCUUCUGUCCGGAGUCGGUUCUCCCGUCUCCGUCAAUAAGCUGGAGUUGAACGUGCUGUACGUAGAGCAGGAGAUAGAGGAAGCCAUCGCACAAGGACGAGCCGACGAGUACGAGUUCAGUUAUGCCCGGAUCAAGUUCGACCAAGUUAUCGGCGAGGGAGCAUUUGGCCAAGUCUACGUUGGGACCGCAUAUGCUAUCGCUGGUGUUCCUGGCCAAACAAUCGUUGCCAUAAAAAAGUUAAGAAGUCGGGCUACAGAGGCCGAGAAGCAUGAUUUCCUCAGUGAGAUCGCCAUGAUGAAGCACGUGGGAGCACACAAGAACAUCGUCACGAUGCUCGGCUGCGUUACGAUACAGGAGCCGUAUUGCAUGGUGAUGGAGUACGUCCCGUACGGAGACCUUCUCAAAUACCUGAGAAACCUGCGUAGAACGUACGAGAAGAAAACGGGGCGGCGUAUCGCCACUCACCAGGCGGAGCUACCGUCGCCGCCGCAUAGUCCGCUGUCCAUUGGCUCGCACACGCAGCCUGCGACGAACACGGGCACGACAAACCUAACAGACUCGUCGUCCGAGGACACCGACCUAAUAAAGUUCAGCAUUGCUACGGACGGUAGCAUGACAAGCUCCAAACGUAAAGACCAACGACGGGAUUUCGGCGACAUCGAAAGCGUUCUAGAUGCUAAAGAGCUGCAAUCAUUCGCCUUACAAAUAGCAGAAGGAAUGGAGCACCUUGCCAGUAAAGGGGUCACGCAUCGAGACCUCGCCGGCCGCAACGUGCUAGUCGGCGCUGGAAAGCUGCUGAAGAUCAGCGACUUCGGACUGUCACGUGAGGGCAUUUACGUGAAAACAAGUGGCGGCAGGAUUCCGCUGCGCUGGCUGAGCGUCGAGGCGAUGCGGGAUAACAUCUACACGACAGAGAGCGACGUGUGGGCGUUCGGCGUCGUGCUUUGGGAAAUCUGUACGCUAGGUGGGUUCCCAUACCCUACUGUGUCAGACAGGGACUUGUUAAGCUACCUACUUAGAGGCAACCGACUGGAGAAACCUCACAAUUGCGAUGAGAAGAUAUAUCAAAUCAUGCUGCAAUGCUGGGCUCACGAGUCGGCGAAGAGACCAAGCUUCAGCGAGCUGUGUGAGACGCUAGAGGCGAUGAACAAGGAGGACCACACGUACGUCAACAUCGACCCCCGCACGACAGCGCCAUUACCGCCGACCGCCGGAAGCUACCGUGAGCUUCUGUUCCAAAACCCAGACAUCGAGCAUGAAGCCGUUUAAGAAAAACCGUAUGAGAUACGAGAGGGUAUCCCUCUACUAUCUGUAGUCGCUGUGUGAUCCGAGUUGUCUGAUUGUAGCGAGGUGCGUGUCGGAGGCUGAUCGGUGUAAUACAGUACGUCCGUCUAUAUGAUUAGCAGCUGUUAGCAAAUACGCGUAGGGUCUCGAAUUUGUCGUAUUUUUUUAUCUUGCCGCAGAGUUGUGUAUGUUAUACGAGAAAGACAGAGAGA